AUGGCUUCUACUGAGUCGUCAUCAGUGGAGGACUUAGGGAGGGGUUUCUUCAGAGAUGGAUUUCUAUUUGUGAAAGACACACAAGCUGGGCAACGUGUCGAAGAGAUGGAAACGAACUCCAUACCCUUCGCAUCAGAGAGAGGGUUGGGAUUCUACAAAAUCAACGUUCUUGACGAUCCGCGCAAGCGACAUACACUUGAUUCUUCCUUCAAGUGGUUUGGCUUAGGGCUCUAUCGAACCUUCGGUGCCAUGCCUGGCGAUUACGCCUUUCGACAGAGCGACCCAGCUUCUGGUCUCGAGUCGCUCUUGAUACAAUUUUGGAAAAGAGGAUCGAAGGUUACGUUUUGGAAAGCCUCGCACCUAGAGCAAGUGGUGACUAUGAAGGGGGAGAAUAAUUUGUGGAGGGCUCCUCGCGUGGCACUGACUCGGCUAGGCCUUGAGCCUGUCGAGGUCACAUUUGAAAAUGGUGGAUUCUCCAUUCGUGACACGCGCCUCUUCGUCGAAGUCUCAGAAGGGAGUGCCAUUACAUUUGGAAUCGCCUCAAAGGAUGUGUUGGACAAAUGGUGGGCUCCAAUGAAGCUCCAUGAGUCACUUGAGAAAGUAGUGAACAAGAUGGAGGGGCCCAAUUGUGGCAUGAACGUGACAUACUUUGACGGCAAAUAUAGUACACGAGCGCCUGCGGUCAGUCCGCCACCUGACUAG